GCUAUGUAACUGUUGCUGACCGCAGCGUUCUAAUUUGGAACGCGGGCGGCGCCAACGUUCUGUCCUACUGCAGCAGUCUAGCGGGUCCGGAACAAAGCGGGGGCUCCAGCCAUGGCGGUACAAGUCCAUGUGGUUUACUGUGGUGCCUGAGGUUACAAGCCCAAGUAUCUGUUACUGAAGAAGAAGCUGGAGGAUGAAUUCCCCGGCCUCCUGACCGUCAAUGGUGAAGGCACCCGGGAGGUCACCGGUUUCUUUGAAGUAACAGUUGCUGGGAAACUUGUCCAUUCCAAGAAGGCUGGACAUGGCUUCGUGGACUCUCCGGACAAAUACCAGUGUAUAGUGGCAGAGAUCAAGGCUGUCCUGAGUUAGAGGGUCCUGAAGAUGGAGCCCAGGGGCCUCGUCCCCAUCCCUGCCCACGGCUGCUUUAUGAUGGGAAGGAUUGAAAUGUCCUCUGGAUUCCUGGUUCUUCCCUGAAAUCCUUGCACCUGUUGGGCAGGGGCUGAGAAUGAUGCCCCUGGAUCCUGCACAGAGAGGGAGUGCUUGUGCGUGUCCCUGUCCGGCCAUCUGCCCCUCCCCUCAUCCUGCAUCUCACCUGGCCUGUGGGUCUGGCAGAUUCCUCCUACUUUCUGCCCCAACCCAACCCCGAUGCUGCCUCCCCCAUUGAGGUCUCCCUUCGUUAGCCCCUCCUGGGUCCUCAGACAUCUCUUCUGUAAAAUGAAGGGGUCUCACUGUGUGACCCUGGACAAGUCACUUAACCCUCAUUGCCCUGCAAAAAAAAAAAAGGUGUCUCAGCCUCAGAGUCUUCUCCACCUUGGCUAACGAUGGGGGGAGGCUCCCACCUGGCCUGGUGUGGCCCCGGGAGGUCCAUGGAAACCCAGGAAACAGCAUUUAUCACAACGGUUAAUUAAUAAAUAGAAAAAAUUAAAUUUUG